AUGGCCCCUUUCCCAAGCGAUCUGCCUGUUCCUCAGGACGACGGCGCAUGCUCACAUCUGGAUGGUUUGAAGCUACCGUCUAUGUCCUUGUCGUCCACUUCUGGUGACCAAGUGGAUGUCUCGAAGCUCUCUGGACUAGCUAUCAUCUUCUGCUACCCGCGUACGGGCGCUCCAGGCGAACAGAUACCUGAUGAAUGGAACCUGAUCCCAGGCGCACGAGGCUGCACGCCUCAAGCUUGCAGUUUUCGCGAUGAAAUGGGCGAGCUGCGCAAGCAAGGCGUGGAUGCCAUUUUUGGCGUCUCAACCCAGGAUACCCCACAUCAACAAUAG